AUGAAGUAUCUAGACGCUUACAUCCUCAUGGGCGCUUCAUUCCUCAGCCUUGUCAAUGGGCUGGCCCCACCCCGGCAGUCCAACGCAAGCUUCAACACCCACUGCGGUACGGACUUGUGCACCUGGUGGCACGGGACUGGCGAGAUCAACACUGAUACGGCUGUGGCGCCGGAGAACGUGAGACAGUCGCGCCAGUAUCUGGUUCAGGUCGCCUUGGCUGGGUCUGACGAGUUCUUCGACUCCUUCGUGUACGAGUCUAUUCCACGCAACGGUAAUGGCAAGAUCAUGAGUCCAGGAGACAGCGAUGGAAGCUUCUCCGGCGAUGAUGGUAUUUCCAUCGAGCUGGACGAGCGCAUCAACAUGGCAUGGAGUCAGUUCGAGCACAGCCAGGCCGUCGAUGUCAGGAUUCUUCGGCGCGACGGCCAAGCUCUCGGCGAGGACGUCGUCAUUCGCCCGACAGCCAUUCCAUUGGAGACUCAGCACGUCGCUGGCGCUCUGAUUAUCCAUGUGCCUGCAGACCCCCAGGGCCACCGGUUCUCCGUCGAGUUCGCAGACGAUCUGUACACCUACCGUUCGAAUGGCGAUAUCUACACCACCGACGGGUCUGGCGAGGUCGUAGGCAUCGAGCCGCGGAAUGCGCUGGUUAUCUUCGCUAGUGCCUUCCUGCCAGACGAGCUGGUUCCCUCGCUGGAUGGCCCAGACACGAAGGUGAUGACACCCGGUGCCUUCUCUGUUGCCGAUAUUGAGGGUGCCCCGAUUGUCUAUUUCCCUCCGGGCGUCUACUGGAUCGACUCCGAGCCUCUUGGUCUCACCCAUAUCAAAUUGGACCCUGCGACGUACUGGGUGCACUUGGCUCCUGGGGCCUUUGUGAAGGGGGCAGUGGAAUACACGACUGGCAACAAGGACUUUUACGCGACUGGGCACGGUGUUAUCUCGGGAGAAAUCUACGUCUACCAAGCCAAUAUAGAGGCUGGUUAUAAGGCCGAGAAGAGCGACCUAACCAGCUUGCGUCUCUGGUGGCACCGUGGCGUGCAAGCGGGUCAGGUCUGGCACUGCGCAGGACCGACAAUCAGCUCGCCUCCAUUCAACACUAUGGACUUGAAAGAUGGCAGCACCGACCGUCAUGAUAUCUCCGUCCACAUCUUCGACUACAAGCAAGUCGGCGCGUUUUUCUUGCAAACCGAUGGACCGCAAAUGUACACAAACGGGGUCGUCCAUGAUGUCUUCUACCACUGCAACGACGAUGCCAUCAAGACAUAUCACUCUGGCGUGACUGCCAACCGCUUGACCAUCUGGAAAAUUCUCAACGACCCAAUCAUCCAGAUGGGAUGGCAGCCGCGGGAUGUCCACGAUGUCGUCAUCGACACCCUCUACAUCAUCCACACCCGCUUCCGCAGAAGCGAGACAUACGUCCCCUCGGCCAUCAUCGCCGCCUCACCCAUAUACAACGGCGAGCCCCAGCUUGACCCAUCUAUGACCAUCAGCAUCAGUGUCUCCAACAUUAUCUGCGAGGGCCCGUGCCCGGGACUCUUCCGUCUGACUCCGUUGCAGAAUUACGCUGACUUCAAAGUGUCCGGAGUGCGUUAUGUGGAUGGCUUAAUUGGCGGCAGUGUUCCAAUCGGUGAUUCUAUCAUCGCGACAACUCCGGACACUACCUAUCCUGGCGCUGAGGGCCUGACAAUGGGGUUGUCCAUCUCCGACUGGACUGUAAAGGGGGAGAAGGUGACUAUUGAGAAUGCCGAGGCGCUUGGGCAAUGGAAUGUAAAUGCGGCGUAUGACAAUCAGUGGUCGAUCGUGUGA